UUAAUUUGGAUUAAUUUAUAUUUCAGUCAGUGUUUUCAAUUUAUCAGUUAGUCCGAGUUUUUGUUUCAGCUAGUGUUGUUAGUAUUUCAUUUAGUUCUUUGUUCUCUUUCAGGUAGACUUAUUGCUUUUGUAUCUUUUGUGUAUAUUCCAGAUUUUUGUUCCUGUUCACAAGGAUGAUCAUUAUACUGUUUUGGUGCUCAACAAGAAAGCUAAAAGGAUUGAAAACAUUGACAAUCGUACAUACAUGAAGGAUAUUGAUAGAUAUGUUCAUGAGGGAUUUAACGGUCUUACAUACUUUGUACGUACCCUUUUGUGAUGGGAUUGUUUUAUAUUUCAUUUUGUUACUUGUUUUUUAAUGGUUCUUUACUUUUUCAUCUUCAAAUGCAAUGUCGUGCUUUUGAUGCUUUUAUGCAAGGUGGUAAUAUGAGAUGUCGUGAUUUUGAUCAUAUCCAACAUUGGGAGAAGUGACUCUUUUGUUCGCUUGGAGAAACAAGGAAAACAAUCAUGAUUGUGGUGUUUAUGCAAUCAAGUGUAUGGAGCUGUACGAUGGUGAAAAUGCAAACGAGUUUCCACUUGUUGACCUGAAAAGGGCAGCCACCAAAAACUUUCAGCGGUGCAAGCUUGCACUUUGUCUAAUGGAGCAUCCUUUAAACAAAUUGAAAGACAAAGUGAAGCGUGAUUGUUAUGUUUGGUCAGCAAACAAGCCUGAACUUAUUGCAAGACAGAAGUUAAGGAAGGAAAAAAAGGGUUUUCUUAAUAGAUUAGCAGUUAAUCGAUCAAAGAAGACAAAUAAAGAAGAACCACGAAUUUUAGAGCGAAGGAGGAAGCACGAGGAGGAAGUCGAAACAGUGUUGAAUGAUCACUAUGAAGACAAAGAGAGAUUAAACAAAUUGUUGAAUUUUGGUUAUUCUUAGUUGCCAAACUGUCUUUUUAUCUAUUUUUUAUUGUAAUGUACAGUAGAAAUAGCACACACAACUCAAUUGAUA